AUGUCGCAAACCGCCAUCGUAUCCACCGAUCUGCCACUCAAGCUCAUCGCAAAGGGCAAGGUCCGCGAUGUAUACGACGCAGGCCUCACCGAAGGUCCUCAUGCAGGUGCCAUCCUCUUUGUAGCCACCGACAGGAUCUCGGCCUUCGACAUCAUCCUCCAGAAUGGCAUCCCUAACAAAGGCAAACUCCUCCACGCUCUGUCCACCUUCUGGUUCGAUCUCUUGACUCCUUCCCUCAUUGAAUCCCACAUCAUCGCUACCGACUACGCACAGUUCCCCGACGAGCUCAAACAAAAACUCGACGGCGUCAAGCACCAAGUCGAGGCUCGAUCCAUGCUCGUCAAGCGUGCAAAAGUGUUGCCCAUCGAAGCCAUCGUCAGGGGCUACAUUACCGGAAGUGGAUGGGCAGAGUACAAGCGUACCGGCACCGUGCACGGCAUCAAGCUGCCAGAGGGUCUUCAGGAGAGCCAACAGAUCCCCAACGGUCCCCUCUUCACUCCGUCCACAAAAGCCGAGCAGGGCGAACACGACGAAAACAUCCACCCGGACAAAGUCGACGAGAUCAUCGGCUCAGACCUGUCCAAGCGCAUGUCUACCGCCGCCGUUGCGCUCUACUCGAAAGCUGCCGCCCACGCAAAGUCGCGCGGCAUCAUCCUGGCAGACACCAAGUUCGAGUUCGGCCUGAUCGGCGACGAUCACAUGAUCCUCGUCGAUGAAGUCCUUACUCCCGAUAGCUCGCGUUUCUGGUCCGCCGACAAGUACGCCGUCGGUCGAGGUCAGGACAGCUUCGACAAGCAGUACGUGCGCGACUGGUUGAAAGCAAACGGUCUCGACAAGGCUGCCGAUCAGGGUGUCCCCGUCACAUUGCCAGACGACGUGGUGAAGAGGACAGAGGAGAAGUACAGGGAGGCCUACGAGCUCAUCACUGGCCAAAAGUAUGCUCAGUAG